CUUGUUGAAAUAAACACUAAUUUAUAAAAGUUAUAAAAAGAAAUAUACAAUAUUUAAUAUUAACGUGAAAUAUAAAAAUGUCAGUUUUAUAUAGUAUUCGAACAAUGUGGGAGUGGAAAGAUGAUGACAUUGAAAAAAUAGAAGAAAUGUGUCGGAGAAUUGGAAGAGAACAUAAUACUGAAAUCAAAUAUAUCAGAGACAAACAGUCAUACGAGAUAGAAGGCGAUGAACAUAAAAACUUAGAUGAAUCACGUGAUGAAUUGCUCAAAGCGCUCAAUCUUAUGGCCAGAUCCGCUACACAAAGCCUCAUCAUACCUCGUCGCUCCAAAAAAAUUAAAUCCAAACCCGCAAAAGUUGAUUUGCCUCCUGGUUUACCUCCUCCCUUACCUUUUGAAAAAGAAAAUGUUCCAACAAUGACACAAGAGCAAGAAGCUGAAGAUACUGGAUUAGAAGAUGGAGUAUUCAAAUUCAAUCCUCGCGUAAAAGAAUCCGAUUUUCCUGAGAUAUUUGGAUGGAAUCGAAAGGAAGCAUUUUUUACAACUUGCGAUUAUUGGAAUGAUAUCUGUAAAGAAUGUGGAGUUAUGGGUGAGAUCAUUGAAGAAAAAAAGAAAGUAGUAUUCAAUAAAGGUAGAGAGAGGGAUGUUGAAGAGGCAAUAAAAAGAUUAGCACAAUUGCAAGAGAAUUUCCUUCAACCAAAAUUCAAUCAUUUACACGUUCCAUUAGUGCAUUAUCCAAAUCAGUACACAUUGUUCAAAUUGUAUUUCUGUCAUAUCCUCAAGCACCCAUACUUUAGUAAAACUAUGAAACUUGAUAUAAAAGACUUUUACGUGCUUGUGCCCGCUACAUUAGACCCACUCACACAGAAAUAUUUAUUACCACAAGAAUUACCUGAAUCAACUUUACUAAGAUCAUAUGAUGAUAAUCAAUUUAACCGCCAAUGGCAAGAAAAUAAUGAAAAUAAUAGAGAAGAAAAAUCAACAAAAGGAAAAGCAAAAGCGGUAUCUCCUAAUGAUGAUUUUUAUGAUAGCUCUUCACGUAAUUGGGGAUCUAUAUCAAGACCUGAAGAAACAAAAUGGUCUCAAAAUGCACCAAACACAAAGUCAAUGGACGCAUUCCCAGCUCUUUCCGCAAACCGGAGAUCUAGUAACUCCGGAAGACCUUAUCCACCUGAGAAUCAGCGCAGACCAAUAAAUGAAGGUUCUUUGAUUGAUCUUGACGACGAACCCCCAGUAAUUAAACGCGCGAUUAGACAACAAAACCCAAAUAAAAAUAAUUAUUCGGGCGCCGAAAAUAGACCUACUAUUGGUAAAAUGGUUCGAGACUAUAAUUUCGCUAAGAUGAUAGAUGCACUGUCAGAAAGAUUAGAGUAUGCACGUGUAUGUAAAGGCGAAGUACGUUUCUUUGGAAGUUUGGGCAAAGCAUAUUUCACUAAAGUUAAUGAAGUAGUUAAUGGAAAGUUGUGGGACUAUACGGAAUUAAAAGAUAUAAUUGUUUCAGGACAUGGCGUCAACCCAAGAUUCAAUGAAAUUGCAACAUACGACAGUAAUCUUAUUUCGGGUUUCAUUGAUGUUCUCGGUUCAACUCCUAUCAACAAGUCAAAGUCUGCGUAUUAUGAAAUAAAAGCGAAAGCAAGAAAUGCACCACAAGGUCCCAUGUCUGAAGUUUUCAUGUAUGUUAAUAUGGGAUUCGUUUCUUUAGAAAAAGUUAUGUUAAAUUGGGAACCUCUUGUAAACAUAGAUUGGACGAUAUUGGAUCGAAAAGUUGAUUUUUCGGCGGUUUUGACUUCGAGACGCGCUAUUCGUCAUGAUGUGAAACCAUUCAGUACAUUUAUCAAGAAGAUAUCAGUUAGCCCAAAUAACCGAUCAAUUUCGUUCGAGGAUGUUAAAGACUUUCUCGAAGUAAAAUCCAUUAAUUUUAAACAAGUUACAAAAUUCAAAUUGCACUAUCCUUUUAUCGCAGAAGUGUCUCGUAUUGAAAGAUUAGAAAUUACCGAUCAACCCAAUUCUAUUAAAAAAAUAGGCAAAACUGGACCAAAAAAUAGAGUACAUUAUACAAUUGAGGUUUACAACGAUAACCAUAGAGAAGCAUUCAAGCAAAAUAUGUCUCUUGGAUCUGGAGAAAUCGCAAAAUGGACGGUUGAUAAUAUACUUGGAGAAAGUCCACAUCGUAAUAAUUUAGUUGAACUUGUGAAAACUAUGUUGUUACUAGUUGAAAGAUGUCAUAAAGUAGCAGAGUUAAGAAGUCAACAAAUAGUAGCUGAAACUUCAGAAAUGUAAUUAAUUGGUUUUGUUAGAAUAAUCUAUAAUUUGCAUUUGUAUAAAUUUGCAUUUGUAUAAACAUUUUCUUAAUGCUUGUUAAUCAAGUUGGAAAGAAAAAAUUUUGUAAAAUUUUGUUGCUGAAUCGAGAGCU